UAAAAAUAAGUUAUCUCAAUGUGGAUUCACAAUAAAAAAUCUCCACUUGACACACAAAAAAUUCUCAGCAAGCAGCAACCGAAAAAUCCAACAGCGGCGAUAUAUUUGUCCGAAAAAUAUAGCGCCGCGAACGAUCACAACGCCAUCUAAAGUAGUCAACUAAUGCAGUGGAGAAAGUUUGCACGCCUGAAAACAACAGCCAGUGGACAUCGUAGAAUGCUUUGUUGCGGUCGUAGAAAGGAAAAUGGUCGAUCUGUGCCUGAUCUCACUGCUUCUCCAGGUCGUGUUCCGCCUGGACCAAUGCCGCAAGGCAAUAUGCACAACAGAACGGGAGGCGUCAAGGAGCCUGUCUUACUUCAAGGGGACUUUCGCAAAGUUUCCGGCAUCAGUUCAGAAAUCUUUCGACAAAUUGAGGCUGUUGAAAAUGAUCACGAUCCCUCGACGGCAGCAGCAUUAGAUUCUGUCGAGCGUCGCGGCGAAAUGAUAGUUCGCAUCCUCGAUCCCCGUAGCAUCGGCGGACGCCAAUCUGUGGAUGCAGCUCAAAAGUUUUUGCAACGCGGCGAUGCCCGACACACCGUACAACUUGUCGAAAUCGUAAAGCGCCCCGGACAAACACUCGGUUUGUACAUCCGCGAAGGAAAUGGCGCCGAUCGCACAGAUGGCGUUUUCAUUUCGCGCAUCGCUCUCGAAUCGGCCGUUUAUAAUAGCGGAUGUUUGCGUGUCGGCGACGAAAUUCUCGCCGUCAAUUUGGUAGAUGUCACUCGCAUGUCGUUGGAUGACGUUGUCAUUAUCAUGUCGAUACCGCGGAGACUUGUGCUGGCGAUACGACAACGACGCGGAGGGCGUGGCGCAAAUUCUCCGGGACCUCCUCCGUUGUCGCGAAAUGAACAUAAGCCGCCUCCUGUUGUGGUUAUUAAGCGAGAUUUGCGUGACGAGGAUUUGGAAGAGGCGGAAAGGGCAAUGGCGACGGCACCACGAAGACCUCCGAGAGAGCGACGUACGGGCGACGGCAGAGAAAUGACUGAAUCUCGUUCGCGUUUAGGACUCGGCCUAACGAAUUACAGUCCGCAAAGCGAGCAACUUGACUUGUAUUAUAACAGUAGACCGGCAGCUGAGACGCCAAGUUGGAGUUAUAAACCGCCGCCCCCGCCCCCAUCGGUUAUCACGGAACAACCGAAGGGCGGGCAUUUUCAAGCAUCGAGCUCAUAUUACCAGAAUGCGGGCACUCUAGAAAGUUUGGCGGAGAAAGUUCAUCCGUUCUAUCCAGGUCCAGCACGACGAUUAUCUGGAAGCAAUGUUCCUUUGAGUCAAUCUCAUCAACGAUUCCCUCGAAGCGGGUCAGAUCAGCAUUUGCCGCGAGUGGAAUAUAUCGACUACAAUUCCUUAAAUCGACAGGCGAUGUUGCGAUCAAGUUUGAAACAAGCUCAACCAACAAUCGGCGGUACUUUGGGUCGUUACGGGCGUUUCGAGCCUCAGCGCACCGCAAAAUACGCGCCUCCCAGUCAAAGUCUCACACGACGUUCGCGCGGCAAUAUCGAUUAUUCGAGCGACACGGAAGCAACGCUCGGCUCGUCGCGCUCCAACUUGUAUUAUUACAAUCGCCCCGGAGGAAGUGCGGGCGCAGCACCUGGAGCAACAAUGCAACCGCCUCGCGGAACGCCCAGCGGACUAAUUGGAGGUCCGGAUUUCGCGCGUUUUAAUUCGUUGCCGCGCGAUCGACCGGGAGCCCGAUUGAAUUUGCGCGGGCGUUUGGGAGAUCGCUUGUCGGAUGAAAGCGACGGAAAUUUAUCGGCGCCAGAAUAUUCGUUGCCACUGCGGGGACGCGAUCACAGAGGUAACAAGCAGCAGCUUACUGGUUUAGCUAAACUGCUUAAUGAUCCAAAUUUAGCAGAUUUGAGGAGUCGACUUACCGCGAGCCCGUCGAUCUUUACGUCAGACGAGUACAAAGCGUGGCUUAGGCGAGCGCCAAGUAGCUCGGCGAUUGUCGAACAGAUGCGGGCGUCACGUGAUUUGCUUAAUCAGCAACGGGCACAUCGGUUCUCGUGCAGUGCGGAGAACAUUCAUGAUGCACUUAAAAAUACGGAACACAUUUACAGUCAACGAGCAGCGCUUGCUGGAACUCUUGGUCGCCAUGACAUGGGUCAACGAGCUCUUUCUUCACUUCCUGUUCGAUCAUUGUCUUCGCAGCACAUUGGAGGUCCAAAUUCAAUUCGUUCACCCAGUGUUAGAAGAAUUCGUCAACUUUUGGAAUUAGGAGGAGGCCCUGCGAGUCCCAUCAGCUUGGGAGGGCAUCAGAGUCCCGCUCCAACGCCCAGCACAACAUUACCGCGACAACAGCAACGACAAAUUGACAUUAAUCCUGCUGAAUUUUCGAAAUAUAAGCUCGAUCGACCAGUCGUUGACGCCGUCGGCAUUUCCGGCAUGCUCUGGAUUCACCUUCUCGCGGGUCGGGGCUUGCGUGCAUUACAAGAGGGACAACAGCCGACACCCGCAACUGCCGCUCAAAGUCAAAUUCGUGAUUUGUAUUGCGUGCUCGAGUGCGAUCGCGUACACAAAGCCCGUACCGUCGUUCGUUCUGGCGACCUGCAAUUCGAUUGGGACGAAAGUUUCGAGCUGGAUUUAGUUUCCAACAAGCAACUUGACGUCUUGGUUUAUUCGUGGGAUCCGCAGCAUCGUCAUAAACUUUGUUAUCGCGGCGCCAUUUCGCUCACGACAGUUUUGCGACAAGCGCCAAUCCAUCAACUCGCACUGAAAGUCGAGCCACGCGGAACAAUUUACCUGCGGAUACGACACACAGACACGGCGCAGCUUUACAAGAGACGCGGGCUUCCAACGUUGCGAGGCGCAGCACCGCCUGCCUUGUUUGGCGUCGAUUUGGAGACAGUUGUGACGCGCGAAGCGAAAGGAGCGCCCGGCGUUGCUCCCGUUCCGAUUAUUUUGCGACGAUGCGUCGAGGAAAUCGAACGACGCGGCUUGGAUAUCAUUGGACUUUACAGAUUGUGCGGAUCAGCGACGAAAAAGCGACUUUUGAGAGAGGCGUUUGAACGCAAUAGCAGAGCGGUUGAAUUAAGUCCAGAACAUGUUCCUGAUAUAAAUGUCAUUACUGGCGUACUCAAAGAUUACCUCAGGGAGCUUCCGGAACCGCUAUUCACUAAAUGCUUAUUCCAGAUGACUGUUGACGCUUUAGGCGUUUGUCUCCCCGACGACCCCGAAGGAAAUGCGAAAUUGAUGCUUAGUAUAUUAGAUUGCUUGCCACGUUCUAAUCGGGCAACAUUGGUUUUCCUUUUGGAUCAUUUAUCGUUAGUCGUUUCGGCAUCGGAACGCAACAAGAUGUCAGCACAAGCUCUCGCAACUGCCUUAGGACCUCCAUUGAUGUUACAUUCGCUGUCUGCACAACCGGGCGAGGAGAUUGAUCAUUCACAGCCCAUCGCUGUCCUGAAAUACUUACUGCAAAUUUGGCCCCAGCCGCAAACCUCAACUGUUUCAGACAGGUCGGCGCGGCGAGCCAGUAGGAAUGCGUGGAAACAAAGCCAGUGCGUUGCUAGCGGGCAAACAAUCACUGCCAAGCCUUCUAAUUACCCCUUCGGUAAUGCAGCAAUCAGCCAGCAGUCACUCAAUCGGUCAACAUCCGGGCUCAGUUACGCCCAACAGAUCGCCCAGCACGCAGCACAUCAACCAUCGUCCGCAGUUUCAAUCAGUAGCGGGUCGGUCAGUUCAAUCGCCUCGAGUCUCGCAACCAGUGGUCCGUCAGCCCCCUCAAUUGGCGGCCUCAGUGGGCUUGGCGGAGCGAGGCCAAUCGCCACAGCGACAGCAAGGCAUACCAUCCCCAAGCUCUAGUUCUAGUUCGACAGGAUCAGCAUCGGGCUCCGGCACCGACACCGUUAAACACGGCAUCUCUCCAACCGCGAGUCUCUCAUCCGAUGCAACGACAAAAAAUCAAUCAAGCGAUCGCGAAAACAAACCGUCAACAAACACACAAGCAGCAACA